AUGGCCCAAGCCUUGAACGAAUAUGGCAUCGCUUAUUGUCACGUGAUCGAGCCCAGAAUGAAGUUAGGGGAUCGACUGUUCCAGGCCCAAGAAAGUUUGGUUCCUAUGAGAAAGGCUUUUAAGGGUACUUUCAUUUCUGCUGGUGGGUUCACCAGGGAAGAUGGGAACAGAGCUGUGGAAGAGGGACGGGCGGAUUUAGUGGCUUAUGGUCGUUGCUUGUUGGCGAAUCCUGAUUUGCCCAGGAGAUUUGAGUUGGAUGCACCUCUGAAAAAGUACGAUAGAGCCACGCUUUAUACUUUGGAUCCUGUUGUUGGGUACACAGAUUACCCAUUUCUUGAAGAGACUGGUCUCUAG